UAGUCUAAGCUGAAUAUGCAACCGAAGAAUGUUUUAAAAUUCCUGCUGCUGGGCCUUGUGGCGCUUCAGCACUUUGAGAUUGGAGCUGGAUCCCGAAUACUGGCUGCAUUUUUCUUUCCCGGCAAAAGUCAUUUCAUGAUGACAAAUGCCAUUAUAAGGGAGUUGGUGCAGCGAGGACAUGAGGUGACCUUCAUCACACCAUUCACAUUGGCCAAUGAGAAUCUGGGUUCAAACUAUACCGAGGUGCUAUUGCCCCAAUUCAAUAUUUGGCGCUCAAUUCUGGAAAUGUGGAAGGUAAAGUCAGUGCUGGACAUGAGGGAUAUAGACACGUUGACCUUCAUUAAGAUGGUCAUGGUCAUGGGCUCGGAGACCACGAACUUUGCAUUCGAACAGAAGGAAGUGUUGAAUUUAAUCAAUGCCAAGAACAAGGUUGGCAAAUUUGAUUUACUAUUGGCUGAGCAAUUCUUCAAUGAGGGUGCCCUCCUGCUUGGACAUCUCUAUCAAAUACCAAUCAUUACCAUUUUUACCUUUGGCUUUGCCAAUUAUUUGAGUCCCCUGGUGGGCAUUGUCACGCCCUGGUCAUACGUCUCCCACGGAUGGAAGCCCUAUUCAGAUCGUAUGUCCCUCUCGGAACGCAUUGACAAUGUUUACUGCUCAGUGAUGGAAGAUAUAAUUCGCCAGUUCUGGUAUUAUCCAGAACAGAAUGAGAUUCUGCAGAGACACUUCUCCAAGCAGUUCAAGGAUUUGCCAACUAUCAAGCAACUAGAGAGCAAUAUAUCUGUCAUUUUGCUAAAUGCACAUAUGCCAUUGGAGCCACCUAGGCCUCUUUCAUUCAAUAUGAUCCCCGUGGGAGGACUUCAUAUAAAGCCAGCUCAACCAUUGCCCACUGAAAUGCAAAAGUUCUUGGAUGAAGCUGAGCAUGGAGCCGUCUACUUUAGUCUGGGAUCACAAGUGAAAAGUUCGGAAUUUCCCCCUGAGAAGCUGAAGAUAUUCCUCGAUGUUUUCAGAAGCUUGAAACAGCGCAUCCUGUGGAAAUUUGAAGAUGACAAAUUGCCGAAUAAGCCAGCUAAUGUGAUGGUGCAGAAGUGGAUGCCUCAAAGUGAUAUUCUGGCCCAUCCCAAUGUCAAGGUUUUCAUCUCCCAUGGAGGACUUUUCGGUACUCAGGAAGCAGUAUAUCAUGGCGUUCCAGUUCUUGGAAUGCCUGUCUAUGCCGAUCAGUAUCUUAACAUAAAUAAGGGCAAGGUUGCUGGAUAUGCCCUUGGUGUGGAUUACCGAACAGUUACAGAGGAGGAGCUGCGCUAUUCCCUCACUGAACUGUUGGAGAAUCCCAAGUACAGGGAUACAAUGAGGCGUGCCUCUCGCAUCUUCAGGGAUCGACCACUAAGUGCGAUGGAUACGGCUAUGUUCUGGAUCGAUUAUGUUAUUGAGCAUCGUGGAGCACCGCAUAUAGUAUCGGAAGGUAUUAAUCUGCCCUGGUAUAAAUUUUAUCUACUGGAUAUCAUUGGAAUUGCCUUGGCUAUUAUUCUUAUGCCCAUAUUGGGACUUUUGCUGAUAUGUCGCAGAUUUCAAAAUGCCAAGAAGUCAAAAACAAAGGGUAAACGUAAUUAGAUAUUAAUUUACUUUAAAUUUCGUUAACUCAAAACAUUUUAUUGAUAAACAAAAGUGGGCUAUUAAUAUAGUGUUAAUUAAUUUGAA